CAAACUUGGUUAUGUAAGGGAUACACAGUUUCUCAUCUUGAUUUGGAGUUACUCGAAAGUUUACUGCAGUUUAUUUUAACAACCUGUCUGUAGAAACAUUUUAAAGAAAAGCUUACUUUUUUGCCAAAGAACUGCCUUCCUAUCGUAAAACUAAUUGAAGACUGACCUUAACCACUGCCAAGGACCACGCUUUUGUUGGUUAAUAUUCAACUGCAAAAGCGCUUGGCGUGCCUCAGGAGCAAUUUGGAAAUGAGACUCUACUAGCAGCCCAGACACACGGACAUGGGCUCGGGUACAAGCCGAGGAAAAAGAGUCGCACCUGCUUGUGUCAGCGAGGUAAACGUGACCAAAACGGGGACCGAUGUCGCUUCGCCUCAAAAGGACAACCGUCCGUUCAAGCCUCUUAAAAUUCAGUCAGUUUUGCGCAAUGUGCGUAACCGUGCGCAACCUGACUGCCACAGCGAAGGGCAGGAUUCGGACUUUUCUGGGAAUGAGGAGGAUAUUGAUGGAGAACUGGACACAGUUAUGGCAGAUUACACAGAAAGAGAGAGCGCUUCCGUAAAGAAGACCCCUCCGAAGAAGACGUUCAUCAGAUCCAAAACAUACGGACUGUGUCAUUUCAGCCAGGAGGACGCUGAAGACGACUUCAGCUCUGCUCCGAGGCUCCGAGCGUCAGGAAGAGACCAAGAGCCACGUGUCGCACACAGUGUGUCAAGAGAUGUAAACAAGAAGGGCAACGCUGCCUUCGCACACGUUAAAAAGCACACAUCUGGCUGCCCCACCGAGCACAAUUCCUCCUCACAGGGCUGUUUGACAACAGAGGCUUUGUCGGAAGACGUCCCCACAUCAGAACAACAACCGACGUUUGGUAGCUGCCAUGGCUCUUCUCUCACCACGCCAGUCAUCCUGUACGAUGGAUCAGAAGAGGAGCUGAUGGAUACCAUUGAAAGAGAGUUUAGCUGACCCUCCGAGCUAAGAAAGCUCUUCUUUUAGCAAGCUCUCACGACAGGAAACCAUUUGUAUUCAAAGAAAGGGAACAAGGGUUUAUUCUGACAAAUUUCCUGCUAGCAGGAAAGGCUGCACAAUCUGUAUUUAUGCAGGGUUGCCAGGAAAAAAAUAAUUAACACAGUCUGUGUUGAACUUAAAACAGCAUCACUCCCAGUCUUUGCAUUUAGCCAAGUCUUAUUUAACAACAUGAAGCAGUAAUUGCAGAGUUAAAACACCAGCUUGACUAUGUGCCAGGAAGCUCUCCUCACACUCACCAGGGUUGGGUUUCUGAAGCAGAUAGGGUGUUACUGUCCAGGUCGACUCCUACUGAGCACUCAUUUGUUACCUAUUACUAACAUGGUUUAACAUGUCUGUUUGAUGAGACAACACAGACCCUUUCUGCCAGUUCUGUAAAUGUCAGCAGGAGAGGCACAUGCUUGUGAUCUUUUAGCAGUAAAGAUGAACAUGUUUCCACCAGCAGUUUUGUGUGAGCAUAAAGUGUUCAGGGCUUUAGUUUCUCAUGUAGCAAACCCUGCCAAGGUAUGAGCAGAGAAUGUUUACCUAACAUUUCCUUCCUGACCACAGCUCCUGCACUUUCUCCACCCUGCGAGAAUGUGGCAACAGAGAGACUUUUAGUUGGGCAAAGUCUCUGUUUCUGCUGACACAAUUCAGCCAUUGAAACACUUCAAAAUAAAAGCCUGCUGCCACUUAGUGGCAGAACGCAGAAGUUGUGUGCAUGAAUACAAACGUGAAAUUUUAAGUGGAUACUCUAGGUAUAUCAAACUUUUUAUUGGAAAUUUCCAAUAUGAAAAUUUGGAAGCAGAGUUUAAAAUUUUUUGUGUGUUUGAAAUAAAAAAGCAAAAAAUGUCGA